AUGUCUAGACGACAGGUAGACUUUGAUGAGUUCUGUGAUCCAGAGAAUCCCAAAAUAAUCAAAUAUGAAGAUAUCGUCGAAGCUACAAAACGCGUACGAAAAUAUAUUGCUCCCACUCCAAUCAUAACAUCGCACUACCAACGAGAGACUGGUAUCAAAAUUUUUUAUAAACUAGAAAUGGUACAACCUACUGGAAGCUUCAAGGAAAGGGGAGCUAUAAAUGCUCUAGAACUACUGCCAAGGGACAAACAAAAGGUUGGAGUGGUAGUAGCGUCACUAGGCAAUCAAGCCAUCGGGAUAUGCUAUUACGGUCAGAAGCUCGGCAUACCGGUGACUGUGGUGAUGCCCGUCAGUGUGCCGAUAGCCAAGCUGCAGCAGUGCCACAACCUCGGUGCCAAAGUCGUUGUCCAGGGCAAGGGAUUGGUGGAAGCGCAGAAGUAUGCCCGCAUCCUUUCCAGAGAAAAGGGACUCACGUACAUCAAUGGUCGCGAUUACCCCAAUAUCAUAACGGGAUACGGCAGUAUAGCCAUAGAGAUCCUAGAGCAGCUGCCCAAUGUGGACGCGAUCAUGGUACCGGUGGGCACAGGCGGACUUCUCGCAGCCGUGGUCACUGUCGUCAAACAAAUCAAACCCAGUUGCCUCGUAUACGGUGUGCAACCAGAGAAGAUACCAACAUUUUUCAAAUCUCUACAAGUGGGCGAACCAGUGACCUUAGAAUACAACUCUUCAAUAGCUGAAAGCAUUGCAAUGCCGUACGUUGGCAUCAAUGCUUUCGCAAACGCUCAACGUCAUACCGAUAAAAUGCUGUUAGUAAAUGACGACUGGAUCGCCCGUGCUAUACUACACUUGGUGGAAAACGAACGCCUCGUCAUAGAAGGCGCUGGGGCGUGCCCCUUGGCGGCCAUCCUUGGCAAACUCGUACCGGAGUUAAAAUCAAAAAAUGUAGUAUGCAUUCUUACUGGUGGGAACAUUGGUGCGGUGCUGUUGGGUCGUUGCUUGGACAGAGGGCGUGCGGCCGAGGGACGUCUUAUCAAAUUUAAAGUUCUAGUCAAGGAUCAAGCGACGGCUAUAGAGCAGUAUAUGAGGCUUAUAGCCAGCAAUGGUUACAACAUAAUAAGACAGUUUUGCGAUCGAAUUUGGAUAGAAAACGAUAUUUCCCUAGUUGAGGUAAAAUUAGUUUGUGAAUGCCGAGAUUUAAAUCAUGCAUUAGAGUUGAAAAGGCUCCUUGAAAGAGUUUAUGCCAACAGAUGCACAUUUGAAUCCGAGCCCUUCAAUGAAGACAGGACCUGUCCCUGCUUUGCCCAUAAAUAAUUAUAUUAUGUUAAUUAAAAAAAAAUUAAAACAAGUACACACUUUGGAAUAAACACAUUUAUAUCUUUAUUAAGAUCACAUCAACAUUAUUAAUAAAAUAUUUUGGUUACACAAUAUAAAUUAUGAGAUGACAAUAUAUGAGAUGGACAUAAUAUAUUACAAGUUUAUUUUAGUUGUUACUUGAAGUUUU